AUGUCGCCCGAAGAAUGGACAUAUCUAGUGGUUCUUCUUAUCUCCAUCCCAAUCGGCUUCCUCUUUAAGAAAGCUGGACCUGGGCUGAAGAGAUGGGGGGCGGCGGCCGUGGGCCUGGGGCUCACCUUGUUCACCUGUGGCCCCCACACUUUGCAUUCUCUGGCCACCAUCCUUGGGACCUGGGCGCUCAUUCAGGCCCAGCCCUGCUCCUGCCACGCCCUGGCCCUCGCCUGGACCUUUUCCUACCUGCUUUUCUUCCGCGCAGUCAGCCUGCUGGGCCUGCCCACUCCCACGCCCUUCACCAACGCCGUCCAACUGCUGCUGACGCUGAAGCUGGUGAGUCUGGCCAGUGAAGUUCAGGACCUGCACGUGGCCCAGAGGAAGGAAAUGGCCUCGGGCUUCAGCAAGGGGCCCCCCUUGGGGCUGCUGCCGGACGUGCCCUCUCUGAUGGAGACCCUCAGCUAUAGCUACUGCUACGUGGGGAUCAUGACAGGCCCGUUCUUCCGCUACCGCACCUACCUGGACUGGCUGGAGCAGCCCUUCCCAGGGGCCGUGCCCAGCCUGCGGCCCCUGCUGCGCCGCGCCUGGCCGGCCCCGCUCUUCGGCCUGCUCUUCCUGCUCUCAUCACACCUCUUCCCGCUGGAGGCCGUGCGCGAGGACGCCUUCUACGCCCGCCCGCUGCCCGCCCGCCUCUUCUACAUGAUCCCCGUGUUCUUCGCCUUCCGCAUGCGCUUCUACGUGGCCUGGAUUGCCGCCGAGUGCGGCUGCAUUGCCGCCGGCUUCGGGGCCUACCCCGUGGCCGCCAAAGCCCGGGCCGGGGGCGGCCCCACCCUCCAAUGCCCACCCCCCAGCAGUCCGGAGACGGCGGCUUCCAUGGAAUACGACUAUGAGACCAUACGCAACAUCGACUGCCACGGCACGGACUUCUGCGUGAGAGUGCGGGAGGGCAUGCGCUACUGGAACAUGACGGUGCAGUGGUGGCUGGCGCAGUACGUCUAUAAGAGCGCGCCCGCCCGCUCCUACGUCCUCAGGAGUGCGUGGACCAUGCUGCUGAGCGCCUACUGGCACGGCCUGCAUCCUGGUUACUACCUGAGCUUCCUCACCAUCCCGCUGUGCCUGGCAGCCGAGGGCCAGCUGGAGUCCGCCCUUCGGUGGCGGCUGGGUCCCCGGGGCCAGAAGGCCUGGGACUGGGUGCACUGGUUCCUGAAGAUGCGGGCCUACGACUACAUGUGCAUGGGCUUCGUGCUGCUGUCGCUGCGCGACACCCUCCGCUACUGGGCCUCGGUCUACUUCUGCGUGCACGUCCUGGCCCUGGCGGCCCUGGCGCUGGGCUUGGCCCUGGGCCGCGGCGGACCCGGGCGGCGGAAGUCGGCGGCCCCAGCCCCCAGCCCGGCCUCGGGAAAGCUCCGGGAAGAGUGA